AAUAACUUUUACAUCAUAUGAACGAUUUACGAUAAACAGGAAGUUGGGAAGAUUUUUAUUUUUUAAGUCAAUUUUUUCGUCAUUAUGGCAGAUUUGUCAAACAUGGAAGACAUUGCACUUCGUAAAACAGAAAUAAAUUCAAAGCUAGAAAAGGAAAUGAGUAACCUAUCAUUGUUGAGAGAUGCUCUAAAGAAAAGCAACACCAACACAGAGAAUAUGCUGGGCAUUCUCACAAGUUUUGAAGGACGUCUACGUAGACUUGAGCAAACUAUUGUACCUGUUUACAAUGAAACAGAAAACUUGAGGCGGAGACAAGAGAAUAUAGAUAAAACAAUGACAACAUUAGAUCAUGUCUUAGGAUAUUACCAUAUAUCACAAGAAGCUGAGAUGAUGAUCAAGGAUGGACCAGAGAUGCAUGGUUUAGACAGGUAUCUUCAACAGAUGGACAAGAUACUAGAAGCUCUGAAUUAUUUCAAGAAACACAAUCAAAAUACUGUGGAAUUGAGAGACGUGGCUGCUUUGUUUGAGCAAGGGAAGGACUGUUUACAUGCAGAGUUUCAGACAUUGUUAGCUCGACAUGGUCGUCCAGUACCUCCAGUCUGUAUUCUAGAUCUUAUUGGUAGUGAUGAAGAACUACAAGGUGACACAUCUGAAACACAAAUGGAACAUCUACCAGAGAAAGUUAUAGAAGAUCUAAGUGAUAUCAGUAAAUGGUUGAUUACCAAUGGCAACACUACUGACUUCCUAAAGAACUACAUUACAAUGAGAUCUAGUAUGCUUAUCAAGUCAUUGAAUGGGUUGAAAGAACAUUUAAAAUCAGCCAGUGGUACAAGUGUGACUCUAACUGCCCCUCAUUCAUCACCUGCUCUGGGUCAAAAAUUCAAUAGGAAUAAAGAUACUCCUGGAAGAAAAAGUAUUAAAAAGUUUGCGAGAACUAACAGUAGGUCAAACAGUAUACAAAGGCACUUCUCGAAGAAAGCCUCAACAGCCCUGCUGAAAUCACCAUUUGAAGCAGGUCAUCGUAGGACGGGUUCAGCAGCUGAGAUGAUCAAGGAGGAACAGUGUGAUGUAGAUAUAGAUGUUUAUAUCACCGAGUUGACAGCUCUGCUUAAACUCAUGCAGAGUGAAUUACAACUUCUAGUACAAAUAGUGCCGGAGAAAUUUCAGAGAUCAGUGUAUGAUAAUAUUGUACAACCUGGUCUAGACUCAGUUGUCAAUGAAGGAGAGACUUUAGCAGCUUAUUCCAGAAAGAGUAUUGGUCGACAUGAGUUCAGUUCUGUUCUGUCUAUAUUCCCUGUAGUCAAACAUCUCAGAUCCAUCAAACCUGAAUUUGAUCGAAAUCUGGAGGGUUGUCAAGCACCAACAAGAGCGAAACUUGCCUCUCUGUUAUCUACUUUAGGCAGUACAGGUGCGAAAGCAUUGGAGGAGUUCAUAGACAACAUAAAGAAUGAUCCAGACAAGGCAUCUAAUAUGCCCAGAGAUGGCACUGUACAUGAACUCACCAAUCAUACAAUGGUAUUCAUGGAACAGUUACAGGAUUAUGUUGAAACAGCAGGAGCUAUGUUACUUAUGCAUGGUAAGUUUUAUAAUCUAAGAGUGUUCUUUAUAUUGUAGACUAGUAAACUCUGUGGAAUAUGGUUUUUUGUCGUCUUUAUUU